GAACCAGAUUUCUUUCCAUAAACCGGAUUAUGAUUUUGUGAAACAAUUUUGAAACCGAUUUAGUAUCGGUUCAACUCUUAUAACAGGUUUACUCUUUCCUCUAAAGUCAAACGCCAACAUUUGAAUCUGCAUCUCCGUCUUCACCGCCGGCUCCAUUUCCGCUUCUAUAGACUGUGUGGUGCUAUCUCAUCAUAUUAGAAUGGCUUCAUUUGUUUCCACCGAUUGUUUCCUUCCCGCACUUAAGCCUCAGCUUGGAUUUCUGAAUCAUGAUGGCCGAGAUCGUUCUUGCGGUAGUAUUAACGUCUUGCGUCUUCGUAAUGCUCCUAAGAGUUCCUUUUUGCUUUCUUCGCGAGCUUUGGAUGUUAAGCCAUGUCUUCAGAGCCAGGGUCGAUCGUCUUUUGCGCAAACAGCUGCUGUGAGGCAUCUGACGGGCUCUGUUACCAGAACUCAGGGACUCCGUUUUGCUGUGGUUGUUGCACGGUUUAAUGAAAUAAUCACCAGGCCGCUCUUGGAGGGAGCUUUGGGUACUUUCAAGAAUUAUUCAGUGCAAGAUGAAGAUAUUGACGUUGUGUGGGUUCCAGGUUGUUUUGAAAUUGGUGCUGUUGCAACAAGACUUGGUAAAUCAGGGAAAUAUCAUGCAAUCAUAUGCAUAGGAGCCGUGAUACGGGGAGAUACAACUCACUACGAUGCAGUUGCUAAUUCAGCAGCAUCUGGAGUGCUUUCAGCUGGUCUAAACUCAGGUGUUCCAUGCAUAUUUGGAGUCCUAACAUGUGAGGACAUGGAUCAGGCUAUAAAUCGUGCUGGUGGAAAAUCUGGGAAUAAGGGUGCUGAGGCUGCAUUGACUGCUAUUGAGAUGGCAUCUUUGUUCGAGCAUCAUCUGCAGUAGUCAGUGUUUUGGAACGGUGGGCUAGUGCUUAUUUUCAUCUCCCUAAUGUUGUUCUUUGUUCAACAAUAAUCAUAUCUUCUUAAACUACUUCUGGUUAUAAAUAAGCAGAAGAUAAGUGCUUUUUCUUCCUAUUAAUUUAUGUGUUGGAAUGGGCACUAUUGUGUGGUGUUCACGAAUAGGAGUUUUGUUUGCAUGUAACAAUAACAUCAUAGAAUAUACCAAGAGAGCAAAGUUGAUCUUAUUUAUACAAGAAUCAUCAUCUUUAUCAUA